CAUGUCAGCCGCGCGAAGAACAAGGAAAAGAAAGCACUCUGAAUCUGAAGUCCCAUUCGCCGCUGGAUUUCGUCUCCCAACAUUAAAACAAAGCAGAGAUGCCAUAGGAUUAUCUAAGAUUCCAAAGAUGUACGAUCCAGGAACGGAAAGUGCUCAUUUUAAACGUAUUCCCCAGCCAAUCUCGGAAGACGAUUGGUUAGCGCAAUAUAAUGAGAAAGGACAGUCAUUUAAAAACUUUACGAGGACUUGUCGUUGGAUCUCUUGUCGCAAAGUGAAAUACACGAGACAAAAAUUCGUUUCCGAUGGAAAAAAUCUCAAGCAGAGAUACCCAGAUGGAAAAAUUUACCUACAACCUCUGGGCGAUUUUGAUCAACUUUGUUGGGAUAGUAGUUAUCCUAGCAUUGAUGACUUGGCUGAUUACACAGAGCGUUUUUAUUCCUUGCCUGUUGUUGUUUUACCUGCGGUGAAGCUUAAGCUUCCCACAAAGAAAGGUGAUCUGGCAUACUGGAAUUAUGGAUUGAAUGAAACAAUAACCUCAUCAAAUGCAAUACGGACAAGCUCAAGAGUACAGUCAAAACAGUGUGAACUCAAUCAUCGUUGGUCUCGCGGGCAUGUACAACUAAGGGUGGACAGUAUCCAUGGACUUCUGCGGCAACAGAUUGCUGAUGAUGCUCUCUGUCUAAUUGGCCUGACCAUGGUAGACCUGUUUGAGGAUGAAACUGACCUGUUUGUUGCAGGGCUAGCAGCGGGAAACCAAAGAGUUGCGGUUUUUAGUUUUGCACGGUACGAUCCUUCUUUGUCAUUCUCCACUGAGCACUGGUAUGACAUCUGGCCAUCCAAACAACUUGAUCCACUCAAGAAGAAGGAGCUAGUUCUGCAGAGAAGGUGUAAACUAUUGGUGCAUGAGAUAGCGCACCUUUUCGGAGUAGAUCAGUGCAUCUGGUAUGCCUGCUGUAUGAAUGGUUCGGGUCACCUUGCUGAGGAUUUUGCUCAACCAAUUUACCUUUGUCCUGUUGAUCUUCACAAACUACAGCAGCUGUGCGGUUUUGACGCUGUUGAUAGAUAUCAAAAGCUACUUGAGUUUUUCAAGAAGCAUGGAAUGGAGGAAGAAACACGAUGGUUUGAGUCAAGACUGGCGUUUAUAACUGAAUCGGAAGCUAGAUAAACAAGAAAGAAAACCAACCGGACUUCACAAGUGAAGAGAGAACAUGCUACAAAGAAAAGAUACACACUGAUAUUUGUUAAAGAAGGAUUUGUUCAAACGUCAUUCGUUUUCCCGCCCUUUUGUGGUUUUCCCGCUGAAGACCGUAGGCUUCGGUACUCUUUUUGUCCCGUAGCGGCCAUCUUGGUUUUGAUAUGUUUUGAGCUCGAAAUAAAUAAUUUUAUUUGA